AUGACAGCUGCCGAAGAAUUCUGGAAAUUCCAGAUGCUCGGAGAGAGUGAUGGCCUGGACAACCUUGGGGGUCUAAGAUGGCACCUUGUUGGAUGUCUCGCCGUCACUACAGUGAUCUUAUUUCUUUGGAUAUUUCAAGGAAUCAAAGUAUCAGGGAAGCUUGUCUACAUCACUGUAAUUCUCCCCUACAUCCUCAUCUUGGCAUUCCUCAUCCGGGGCUGUCUACUUCCGGGUUCAGCAGAAGGAAUAUACUACUAUAUCUACCCUAAGUUUGACAAGCUCGCAGACCCUAAAGUGUGGAUCCAUUCAUGCAGCUACGCCCUGCUUUCGUUGGGUAUUGCCAUGGGGUGCAUCAUCACUAUGUCUUCCCACAACAGAAAGGAUAACAACUGCUUCAGGGAUGCAAUAAGGAUUUGCUUGAUUGAUACACUCAGCAACGUUUUCUUCGGCUUUGCUUUCUUCUGUAUCGUUGGUCACGUGGCCUUCCAACGUGGAGUGACUGUUGAAGCGUUCCAAUCCUCUGGACUUGACCUUGCCUUCAUCGUCUACCCCGAGGUCAUUUCCGCUCUCCCUCUGCCUCAGUUGUGGUCUGUGAUGACCUUUCUGAUCUUGAUGUCCUUGACUAUUGAUUCCAUGGCACCGGGUGUUGAAAUUGUCGUCGCUGCCUUGGAGGACAUCUUUCCGCGGUUGAAGAAGCGACGCUGGCUCAUCAUCGGUGCUGUGCUCCUCAGUCUGUUCCCGAUUGGUUUGAUAUAUAUUUCACAGUUCUUCGAGAGUGGUCGGUGGUUGUUGAUGGUGACGUACGCGCCGUCCACAGAUAUCCCACACGAUUGA